AUGGCUGUGGAGGAUUUCAAAUCAACUACAAAAGUACACUCUCUCCCCUCACUUACACUCACUCCACACCCACACACACCACUCUCUCCCCACUCACAUACUCCACUCACUCACCACUCACUCCCCUCUCUCACCACUCACUCCCCUCUCUCUUCACUCUCUCCCCAUCUUAUAUUUCGCUCACUCCCAACUCCACUCUCUCCCCACUCCCACACUCUCACACUCCGCUCUCUCCCCACUCCACUCUCUCCUACUCACACACUCUCCUCUAUAACACUUCACUCUCACGACCUUCACAAUCCACUCUCCCCCCACUCUACUAUCUCCCCACUCUCAAACUCCACUAUCUCCCCACUCUCACACUUCACUUUCUCCCUACUCUCACACUCCACUCUCUCCCAAAUCACAUACUCCACUCUGACUCCAUUCACACACUCCACUCUCUCCCAACUCUCACUAUCCACUCUCUCCCCACUCCACUCUCUCCCUACUCAAACACUCCACUCUCUCCCCACUCACUCACUACCAUCUCUCACACUUCACUCUCUCCACACUUUCACCUCACUCCACUUUCUCCCCACUCACACACUCCACACACUUUACUCUCUCACACUCCUUUCUCCCCACCCACUCACUCCCCACCUACACACUCCACUCUCCCCCAACUUACACACUCCACUUUCUCCCCACUCCACUCACCUCACCUCCACUCACACACUCCACUCCACUCUCUCCCCACCCUCACACUCCACUCACUCCCCACGCUCACUCUCCACUCUCUUCCGACGCUCACCUUCAAUCUCUCCCUACUCACAAUCCACUCUCUCCCCACUCUACUUUCGCCCCACUCACACACUCCCCUCACUCUCACACUCCAAUAACUUCCCCCACCACCCUCUCUCCACUCUACUCUCUUCUCACUCACACAUUUCACUCUCUCCCUAUCUCACACACUCCUCGCUCUCCUCACGCUCACACUCCACUCUCGCCCCACUCAUACACUCCACUCUCACACUCUACUCACGCCCCCUCUCUCCCCACUCAUUCACACACUCAACUCUCUCCCCACUCCACUCUCUCCCCACGCUCACACUCCACUCACAUUCAACGCUCACACUCCACUCUCUCCCAAAUCACACACUCCACUCUCACACUCCUCUCCAUACUCACACUCUCUACUCCACUCUCUCCACUCGCACACUCCACUCUCUUCCCACCUCUCUCCCUACUCCCACACUCCACUUUCUCCCUACUCGCACACUCCAAUCUCACAUUCCACUCUCUCCCCACUCACACACUCCACUUCUUUACCACUCACACGCUCCAUUCUCUCUCCACCGUCACACUCCACUCCACUUUCUCCCGACUCCCCUCUCUCCACAAUCUUACACUCCAAUUACAUACUCAAAUCUCUCUCCUAACACUCACCAAUCCACUUUCUCCCCACUCCACUUACACUCUUUCCCCAAACUUACACACUCUCUCGACCCACACACUCCAAUUUCACACUCCACUCUCUCCCCACUCUUACACUCCCCACUCACUCGUCCCCCACUCUCACACUCCACUCUCUCCCCACUCUCACCUCACACUCCACUCUCUCCCCACUCUCACCUCACACUCCACUCUCUCCCCACUCACACACACCACUCUCUCCCCACUCACACACACCACUCUCUCCACACUCACACAUUCCACUCUCUCCCACCCACAUACUCCACUCUCUCACCACUCACUCCCCUCUCUCACCACUCACUCCCCUCUCUCACACUUCACUCUCUCCCCAUCUCACAUUUCACUCACUCCCAACUCCACUCUCUCCCCACUAUCACACUCCACUCUCUCACACUCCACUCUCUCCCCACUCACUCACUCCCCUAUCUCACACUCCACUCGCUCCGCACUCUCACACUCCACUCUCUUCCCACUCCACCCUUUUCACACUCUCACUCUCCACUCACUCCCCACUCUCACACUAUUUUCACCACUUCACUUUCUCCCUACUCCAGAGUACACUCUCUCCCCUCACUUACACUCACUCCACACCCACACACACCACUCUCUCCCCACUCACAUACUCCACUCACUCACCACUCACUCCCCUCUCUCACCACUCACUCCCCUCUCUCUUCACUCUCUCCCCAUCUUAUAUUUCGCUCACUCCCAACUCCACUCUCUCCCCACUCCCACACUCUCACACUCCGCUCUCUCCCCACUCCACUCUCUCCUACUCACACACUCUCCUCUAUAAAACUUCACUCUCACGACCUUCACAAUCCACUCUCCCCCCACUCUACUAUCUCCCCACUCUCAAACUCCACUAUCUCCCCACUCUCACACUUCACUUUCUCCCUACUCUCACACUCCACUCUCUCCCAAAUCACAUACUCCACUCUGACUCCAUUCACACACUCCACUCUCUCCCAACUCUCACUAUCCACUCUCUCCCCACUCCACUCUCUCCCUACUCAAACACUCCACUCUCUCCCCACUCACUCACUACCAUCUCUCACACUUCACUCUCUCCACACUUUCACCUCACUCCACUUUCUCCCCACUCACACACUCCACACACUUUACUCUCUCACACUCCUUUCUCCCCACCCACUCACUCCCCACCUACACACUCCACUCUCCCCCAACUUACACACUCCACUUUCUCCCCACUCCACUUUCGCCCCACUCACACACUCCACACUCGCCUCACUCUCACACUCCACUAACUUACCCCACCACUCUCUCCCCACUCUACUCUCUCCUCACUCACACACUCCAGUCUCUCCCUAUCUCACUCACACGCUCACCUCCACUCACACACUCCACUCCACUCUCUCCCCACCCUCACACUCCACUCACUCCCCACGCUCACUCUCCACUCUCUUCCGACGCUCACCUUCAAUCUCUCCCUACUCACAAUCCACUCUCUCCCCACUCUACUUUCGCCCCACUCACACACUCCCCUCACUCUCACACUCCAAUAACUUCCCCCACCACCCUCUCUCCACUCUACUCUCUUCUCACUCACACAUUUCACUCUCUCCCUAUCUCACACACUCCUCGCUCUCCUCACGCUCACACUCCACUCUCGCCCCACUCAUACACUCCACUCUCACACUCUACUCACGCCCCCUCUCUCCCCACUCAUUCACACACUCAACUCUCUCCCCACUCCACUCUCUCCCCACGCUCACACUCCACUCACAUUCAACGCUCACACUCCACUCUCUCCCCACUCACACACUCCACUCUCACACUCCUCUCCCUCCACACUCCUCUCUCACCCAACUCUCACACUCCUCUCUAAUUCCACGCUCACACUCCACUUACUCCCCACUCUCACACUCCACUCUCCUCCCACUCCACUCAUUCCCCACCCACUCACUACUCUCUUCCCACUCCACUCUCUCUCCAAGCUCACACUCCACUCUCUCUCCACGCUCACACUACACUCUCUCCCCACUCACUCACUCCCCUAUCUCACACUCCUCUGUCUCUCCACUCCUCUCUCUCCCCACUCACUCACUCCCCUCUCCAACACUUCACUCUCUCCCCACUCACACACUCCACUCUCUCCCCACUCACUCACUCCUCUCUCUCCCCACUCACACACUCCACUCUCUCCCCACUCACUCACUCCUCUUGCUCUCCCCACUCACACACUCAACUCUCUUCCCACUAGCACACUCCUCUCCCUCACCACUCCACUCUCCCCACGCUCACACUCAACUCUCUCCCCACUAG